ACAAUCAAUGAACAUAAAAAUUUAGGGCAACGGGGUUGUGGGAACGUUAUCAAUCAAAGGAAAUCGCAGGCGUAGUAAUGGAAGACAUCGAGGAUUUGUUGGUCGGCGGUGGCGCAGCUGGUUUCCGACUACCCAUUACCGCCGCCGUCGGAAUGAAGAAGAAAACCAACAACAGUCUGCUGCUACAACCUCAUAACUCAUCUAAAGUCCCUGGCACACAGACCAUUUUUCUCAAGACAUUUGGCUGUUCACAUAACCAGAGUGAUAGUGAGUACAUGGCUGGCCAACUUUCAUCAUUUGGCUAUGCCAUCAGUGACGAUGCAGAAGGAGCAGAUCUUUGGCUCAUAAAUACUUGUACAGUAAAGUCUCCAAGCCAAUCAGCAAUGGACACGCUGAUAUCAAAAUGUAAAAGUGCAAAAAAGCCACUUGUGGUGGCUGGAUGUGUACCUCAAGGAAGUAAAGAUCUGAAAGAGCUUGAAGGGGUGAGCAUAGUUGGAGUUCAGCAAAUUGAUCGGGUUGUUGAGGUUGUGGAGGAGACCCUUAAAGGUCACGAGGUCCGAUUACUCAAUCGCAAAACUCUUCCAGCUCUUGAUCUUCCUAAGGUAAGGAAGAACAAGUUUGUUGAAAUUCUUCCAAUAAAUGUUGGUUGUUUGGGGGCUUGCACUUAUUGCAAGACUAAGCACGCUCGUGGUCAUCUUGGAAGCUAUACUGUUGAUAGCCUUGUGGGACGUGUCAAAAGUGUUGUUGAUGAUGGAGUCAAAGAGAUUUGGUUGAGCAGUGAAGAUACUGGGGCAUAUGGUCGUGAUAUUGGAGUAAAUCUUCCAAUUUUAUUAAAUGCAAUAGUGGCAGCACUCCCAACAAACGGGAGCACAAUGCUUAGGAUUGGGAUGACUAACCCUCCUUAUAUUCUGGAGCAUUUGAAGGAGAUAGCUCAUAUCCUAUGUCACCCUUGUGUCUAUUCUUUUCUGCAUGUACCUGUUCAAUCUGGCAGUGAUGCUAUUUUAACUGCAAUGAAUCGAGAAUAUACAGUAGGGGAGUUCCGGAAGGUAGUAGAUACAUUGACUGAGCUGGUUCCUGGGAUGCAGAUUGCUACUGAUAUUAUUUGUGGAUUUCCUGGUGAAACAGAUGAAGAUUUUGCUGAAACCGUUAAUCUAAUAAAGGAGUACAAGUUUUCACAAGUUCACAUUUCUCAAUUCUAUCCUCGACCAGGAACCCCAGCUGCAAGGAUGAAGAAGGUGGCGAGUAAUGUAGUGAAGAAACGGAGUCGUGAAUUAACUUCAGUUUUUGAAUCGUUUACACCUUACAAUGGUAUGGAGGGAAAAAUCGAGAGGAUAUGGAUUACUGACAUUGCCACUGAUCAAAUUCACCUGGUUGGCCAUACAAAGGGUUAUGUGCAGGUUCUGGUUGUUGGUCCUGACAGUUUGCUUGGGUCUUCAGCGAUGGUAAAAAUAACUUCGGUUGGACGGUGGUCGGUUUUUGGUGAUGUCAUUGAGAUUCUGACUGAAAGUAGUGACACCGCAAUUCCAAGUGACGAUAAGGACACGAUCAACAAAGAACGAUCCUCACCCUGCGGCAACCAAGAAGAUGCAUGCGUGUGUUCACCAGCAAAACCGGAACCUUGUGCUUGUGAAUCAGAUGCUUGUGGAUCCAACUGUUGUAAUAUUGCUGCAAAUGAUCCGGCCCAAAAUGGCCCAACUAAUCCAAGUUUAUUACUGAGGAGGAAACCUUCACCAGCCAUGGUGGAAACAGAAGGAAACAGUAAUCAGAAACUGGCCGCAGGCAAUGUGCAUUGGGGUCUUCUAGAUACAGCUCUUAUCGGUGGGAUUUUUAUCAGCUUCUUGACGAUAGUUGCUUUAUUUUUGUACGUGGGUUCUUGAAAACUUUUCUUCAACUUUGGGACUUGUGAUUUGGAUUACAAACAUUGUUUGUUUUGGAGUUGGUUGCUUGUAAUUUCUGCAAUAAACUUGGUUCAUGUAACAUUUUAUUACAUCAUAAUUUGUACCGACUUUCUUUUUAA